AUGGCAUUUGUAACCCAGCAUCAGAUCCAACAGUUCCACAGGGAUGGCUUCCUUGUCCUGGAGCAUUUUUUCACUGCAGAGGAGUGUGACAGCAUGAGGAAUCAGAUUCAGAGGAUCAUAGCGGAGAUGGAAGUGCCGCCGCACUGCCGCACCGAGUUCUCCACCAAGGAGGAGGAGCAGCUCCAGGCGCAGGGUAGCUCGGAUUAUUUCCUAACCAGCGGAGACAAGAUUAGAUUCUUCUUUGAGAAAGGCGUUUUGGAUGAGAGAGGUAACUUUCUAAUUGCAAAGGAGAAAUCUAUCAGCAAGAUUGGCCACGCUUUACACGCUCACGAUCCUGUCUUCAAGCAAAUCACCCACUCUGCCAAGGUGCAGGAAUUGGGAAGGAAACUCGGCCUCGAGAGACCCGUUAUUGUGCAAAGCAUGUACAUCUUCAAGCAACCUGGCAUUGGCGGUGAAGUGACCCCGCACCAGGAUGCCACCUUCCUGCACACGGAGCCGCUGGGCAGGCUCCUGGGGUUCUGGAUUGCCCUGGAGGACGCCAGGCGGGAGAACGGCUGCCUGUGGUUCAUCCCCGGCUCUCACACCAGUGGAGUCACCCGGAGGAUGGUCCGUGCAGCUGCAGGUGCCUCAACAUGUGUGGAGUUUGUAGGGUCAGAGCCAGCCUACGACGACAGCCGGUUCCUCCCUGUGCCUAUAAGUAAAGGUGGGCUCAUCCUCAUCCACGGUGAAGUUGUCCACAAGAGUGACCUGAACAGCUCGGAGUCCUCUCGCCACGCGUUCACCUUCCACGUGAUGGAAGCCAAGGACACCAGCUGGAGCAAAGAGAACUGGCUCCAGCCAACUCCCGAGCUGCCUUUUCCAUCGCUCUACACGUGA